CUCUCUCUCUCUCUCUCUCUCCCCACACUCCAACUCCAACCACCAAAAAAAAAGAUCUUAAGCAAAAAAUUCAAAACUUUUAUAGAAAAAUUAACAACCCAUUUGGGGUUUCACCCAUUUAAAUCACAAUGGCCAUAAGAAAAUCAUCAAGCAAACUUACACAGAAGGCAAUGAUCAAGCAAAUCUUGAAGAGGUGUUCAAGCUUUGGGAAAAAACAAGGCAAUGGGUACAACAGCGAUGAACAUGAACACCCGCUGGAUGUACCGAAAGGUCAUUUUGUGGUAUACGUGGGUGAGAACCGGGUCAGGUACGUUGUACCCAUUUCGUUUUUGACCCGACCCGAAUUCCAAGUUCUUCUACAACAAGCAGAGGAAGAGUUCGGCUUCGCACACGACAUGGGUCUUAUAAUCCCUUGUGAAGAAGUCGUUUUCCGAUCUCUCACUUCCAUGCUCCGAUGAAUGAUUUAUACAUCAUCAUCAUUAUUAGGGUUUUUUGGCUUAUGCUCUGGAAAGUUUCAAUCUAUAUAUAUAUAUAGGAUGUGAAAACAGAUGAAGCUGCUUCAUCUGCUUCUCUGUUUUUUUUUUCAUAUUUUUGUGCGAUGGGUUUAGUAUUUUUAGAAUUAGACUGACCCAAGAAUCCCAAAAGAGAAAGAACUGAUUCAUUUUGGUUCUUCUCAGAUUCGUAUGAAAAAAAAAAUAUUGAAGAAUCUGAUAAUUCUUCCUCAUGGAGGUGGGGUUGUUGUAUGUGUACGUACUACCCUCUGAGAGAGACUUUAUAUCAGUGAAAUGAUAAAAAAAAAAUAUUUAACCUAAGUUUUUUUUGUGUGUACGUAUCCUUUUAAUUAUUUUCUUUGUAUAAAUCCGAU